UAACCAUCUCAGGCAUAAUGGCAGGUGAGUAACUGUUGUUUUAUGUUGGAUACACAUUUUGGUCUUGUCCUACGAAGUACGUCAAGGAUUUCCGUUGGCUUAUGGGAUUAAUCUAAUUGUACCUUUAGACAUGUCCUGCUCGGAAUCGGUACGGUCGUGAUUGAAAGUUAUGGAUAACUUUAGUGCAAUAUUUGUUUUAAGUGUGAUACUUCUUAACUUCUGCCAAAUUAACUCACAGUGUUUAAACGGGUGUACGUGUGCAACUGACGGUCAUGGUAGGUCACUUCUGUGUAUGGAAGCCUCCUUAGACGGAAUACCUGAAAAUAUUCCCCAAGAUUUUACGAAGAUUCGGAUUGAGAACGCUCACUUUACGGAAAUACCUCGGGCAUAUUUCUCUAGAUUACGUGCACUGGAACACCUUUGGCUGAAUUUUAAUGAGAUCAAUAUUAUUCACACGAAGAGCUGGGAGGGAUUGAGGAAUUUAACAGAAUUAAGGUUACAAGGGAACAAACUGCGGUCAGUACCAUGGACAGCUUUUGAAGACACGCCUGGCCUGAAAAUUAUAGACUUGAAACACAACCGUUUAGAUGUACUCCCAGAACACGCUCUGAAAUAUUUACCAAGUCUGACCUACUUAGACUUAUCCUUCAAUCAGCUUACGGUCAUAUCUAAAGAUGUCUUCUUAAAUUGGCCGCUAUACCACAAGGUGAAGGAAAACGGAGAAGUGGCCAAUGUUGUCCUGGCAUUGCACGACAACCCGUGGCUCUGUGAUUGCCGUCUAAAGGGGUUGGUGGAGUUUGUCAGAGCAAUCAGUCCUCCGAUCAUUUUGAUGAACUCUUACUUGUCAUGUUCCGGCCCACAGCUGCGAGCGGGUAAAUUUUUUCACGAGAUCGAGUUGAAGACCUGCAUGAAACCAGUGGCCACAACAUCUGUUACCAACAUCACUCUCCCAGUGGGCGGGAGUGUUACUCUCACAUGCUUAGCUAUGGCUAGACCAGAACCUACUGUUUGGUGGACAUAUGGUCUCAAGAUAUUAAGAGGAUUUAAUGAAUCCCGUACUCAAAUGGACGAAGACACCACGAAGCUGCAGCUGGCGAUCCCAUCUCUUCUGCUUGCGGAUCGGGGUCUGUACACCUGCACUGCCAACAACUUUAUUGGGAACUCCUCUGCUAGCACCCUGGUGGAGGUGCAGUCACCUGACGGAUCCUCACCACUCUCCCUUGCUUUACCCGCAGCAGCGCUCGAUGAGAAUGUGUACAUUGACAUCCGUAUCGCCAAGCAAACUGUGUAUGGCAUCACUAUCGAAUGGUAUGCAGUCUUAGAAAAUCCUGCUGAGACCUGGUUCACCAUCCAUUUUGGGCAAUUCGACAGUGCUAAAAAGGAGAUGGUCUAUAUCGGACCUGGCAUCAACAGCUAUUCAGUUUCAGACUUGCUGCCAGCCACAAAAUAUGAGAUCUGCGUGACUCUCAAGAACCAGGUGCCGCGGACCGGCCAGUGCGUUGUGUUUGUGACAGGAAAUGACAUCAGUGAGAUGGAGCAGAGGGAGAAGCUCAUCCACAUCAUAGUCAUUGUCUUCGCUAUGGUUCUGGCGGUUCCUGCAGGGAUGUAUGCCUGUACCGCAGACAUCAAACUCAACUGCUUCGAGCGCUGCACUAAAUCAUGGAGGAAAUGGAGGUGGUCAGGAGGGUUUGACAAAUCCAGUGAUGGGCAGGCCUCAUUCGACACCCUCCAGGCAGCCAGUGACGAGGGCUUCUACAGGGACUCCAGUGAGGAGGGGAAGCCCCGCAGGAGAUCGGACGCUAAAGCUGAACAGAGUCCCACAGAUGAGGUCGAAUAGCUCAGUGUAUAGAUUGGAAAUGGUGAAACUGGCAUGCCUUUUAAUUACUCUGGGAAAGCUAUCCCCACUAAUUGAUUCAGAUUUGAUCCUGCUGAGGUUGUGGUAUUUUAUAAUCACAAAAGGGAUUUCAUUGGUGGAUGUGCCCCCAGCAUAACCUGAGUGUUGUAUAGUGGUUGAACUCAGUUUGUUUUCCCUGUUUUUACAUUAAAUACUGACUGCAGCUACUGAAUAUGACAACUUUAGUAAAGCCACACCACCCAGAAAAGCAGUAAUAUUAUGGCUUUAAAAGCAAACUAAAGCCUUCAUGGGCUUUAUUGGACAAUCAAACUGAAGUAUUUGUCUAUGGGGCAUUGUUUGUGUGUUUCCUCUGUAAUUGGCACUGAUGUGUUCAUUACCAGAUAUUAUUGAUGGUCAUUAUCAGAUAUUAUUAAUGGUCAUUACUAGAUAUUAUUGAUGGUCAUUAUCAGAUAUUAUUGAUGGUCAUUAUCAGAUAUUAUUGAUGGUCAUUAUCAGAUAUUAUUGAUGGUCAUUACCAGAUAUUAUUGCUUGUUCAUUGCCAGAUAUUAUUGAUGGUCAUUAUCAGAUAUUAUUGCAAGUUUUGUCCAAACGUGAUGGACAAGGGUUUAUUACAUAAGGGCAUUCAUCUUUUAUGCAUACAAUAUGGUCGCAUGAAGAUUAUGAUUUUGUUUUUCUGCCCUGAGCCAGAUAGCUGUUGAAAUCUUUAUCUUUUAAAAUACAAGAUGUCUGCAUCAGUCAGUCUGUUGUGAACUCAACUAUGAUAUAUUUGUGAAAAGGUUGUUUUAAAUACUGGACAACAAUUCACAAACAGUAAUGGUAAAAGGCAAUGCCUUGGACAAUGACCUUGAAUAAUCAUAGAUAAUCAUACAAAUAUAUUUAUAUACUGUAUAUACAUAUACAAAUUGUAUGAAAUAAAUACAUAGCUGAAUACUUCAUCACCCUGUUGGUGAAAAAUGGGUGUACUAUGGGAAACCAUUCUGGUUAAUUACACUAGAAUAAUACAUGUUCACUGGGACUGUAAAGAGAUACAUUCAUGCCCAUUAGAACUGUGUAUGUUUUUCUAUCAAUAUCCAUUAUAAAGCAACACUAAACCAAACAUAUUAAUCAUAAUCUGCUUGUUGUCUUUUUCUAUUUACAGUAUAUUGUGUGCCAUGUGCAUUAUAUUCUACGUGUACGCAGAUGUGAUGUAAAACAAUAAAUGGAGAUGUGGUGUCUACCCUUUUCUGCUGAAA